AGAUUCUGGGAAGAACUCGGAGCGACGUUUCAAACGAUCUCAGACGAUCCGACAGUUCGUAUCGUGGUGUUGGCAUCUUCUUUGAAACACUUUACCGCAGGAUUGGAUCACAUACAAACGAUCGGCAAGGGGGAGGAUGAAGCGCCACGCCGGGCCAUCAAGUGGAGAAGACAUAUCAGCCAAUUUCAAGCAGCGAUCAGCUCCAUCGAAGAGUGCACUCAGCCAGUGAUCGGUGCAGUACAUGGACUCUGUUAUGGCCUAGGCAUCGACAUCCUUUGUGCUUGCGACAUUCGGUACUGCGCCACGGAUGCUCGCUUUAGCAUCAAGGAAAUUGACGUCGGUCUGGCGGCCGACAUCGGAUCACUAGCAAGGCUGCCUAAGAUCGUCGGUAAUGCCAGCGCUGUGCGGGAACUUGCCUUGACAGCGCGCGAGUUUGAUUGCAGAGAGGCAGAGCGGCUAGGAUUCGUCUCUCGCGUCGUCCAGGGGAGUAGGGAAGAAGUCAUUGUUGCUGCAUGUGAAACUGCCCGCGUCAUUGCAAGCAAGUCACCCAUCGCAAUUAUGGGGACUAAGCAUUUGUUGAACCAUGCUCGCGAUCAUUCUGUGAGAGAUAAUCUGGAGUAUACUGUCACCUGGAAUGCGACUAUGUUGCAAUCAACCGAUAUGGCCGAGGCUAUGGAGGCCUUUCGCCUCAAGCGACCACCGAAAUUUGCUAACCUAGGAAAACUAUAA